AUCAUCACUAAAAACACAUAUCCAUCCAAUGGAGCCACUAGAGCUUCUAUUCAUCCCAGCCCCACUCAUGGGUCAUAUCGGUCAAGCCAUUGAGCUAGCCAACAUCUUAACCAAUCACUUUAACCAUAUAACCAUCACCGUACUAAUAAUGCAACUUCCAAUAGACCCAAUUGGGACCAAUUACACCAAGUCACUCUCCUCCACCACUUCUAGCGACCGCAUCAAAUUCAUCCAACUCCCUCCUCUGCCCCUCGACUUAUUCACCGGUUACACGAGCACCGGUGAGCUUCGUGAUAUGGUCCUCGAAAAAAAUAAGCCUCAAGUAAGAGACAUUUUGAGUAAACGGUUGAAUGAACCAAAUUUAACACCCCGAUUGGCCGCUUGUGUGGUUAGCAUGUUUACUACUACAUUGAUGGAAGUAGUAAACGAGUUUAACUUGCCAACUUACGUGUUUUUUGCCUCGAAUGCGGCUUAUCUUGGUACCAUGCUUUAUUUACAAAACCUUCAAGAUGAACAUGGUUUAGAUGUACCAAAUUUAGCCAAAUCAGAAACCGAAUUUAUGAUCCCUAGUUAUAUCAAUCCGGUUCCAACUAAACUCAUGUCUUUUCCUAUUGCUGAUCCACAUAGUUGGAAAACAAGGACACUUCUUUAUGCUAGAAGGUAUAGACAAGCUAAGGGUAUAAUAGUGAAUACAUUUAUGGAUUUGGAAAAACAUCCCCUGCUUUCUUAUGACAAUAAGACCCCUCCGGUUUACGCGGUUGGACCAAUGAUAAAACCCGAACCGAGUCCUCCAGAUAACGAGAUUUUGAACUGGUUAAAAUGCCAACCAAAGUCGUCAGUUGUGCUACUAUGUUUUGGGUCUAGAGGAUGGUUCACUGAAAACCAAGUAAAAGAAAUAGCAUUUGGGAUAGAGAAGAGUGGGUAUAAGUUCAUAUGGUCGUUAAGACGACCUCCAACGGAAGGUCUAAAAGGGUUCCCCGGGGAAUACAUGGAUUUUAAUGAAGUCUUGCCGGACGGGUUCUUGGAAAGGACUUAUGGAAGAGGUAAAGUGAUCGGAUGGGUCCCGCAACAAGCCGUGCUUUCUAACGAAGCAAUUGGUGGGUUUGUAACCCACUGUGGGUGGAACUCCGUACUAGAGAGUAUCUGGUACGGAGUUCCAAUGGCUACAUGGCCAAUAUAUGCAGAGCAACAACUAGAUGCGUUUCAGUUGGUUAAAGAGUUGGGUUUGGCGGUUGAGAUAUCGUUGGAUUAUAAUGAAAGAAAUGAGAACCAAGAGUUGGUUCGAGCACAAGAUAUCGAAAAUGGAAUAAGAAAACUGAUGGAUGGCAACAUUAAUAAUAAGAUUCGAUCAAAAGUAUUGGAAAUGAAAAAUGUAAGCAGGAUGGCAUUGCAAGAAGGUGGCCCAUCAUUUACAAGUUUGAAACGUCUUGUUGAUGGUUUCGCAUCAUAAAUCCAUUCAUUCAUAAUAUAUACAUGUUAAGGCCCAGAAUAAUUUUAUAUUCAUGUAUAUAUAUUAUGAAUGGGAAAUGAUCGAGUUGGUUCUACCAGCAGCUUGGGUGCAAUAAUUCUGUGAGACGCAAGCAUUUCUUUACAAAUUGAGUGGUAUGCCUGAUAAUAAGAUUAGUUUAUUUGGUAAUUGGUAAAGGCAUUUAAUUACCUUUGGAAGAAGAUGAUAGUUUCAUUCCCAGCACUACUAUUUUUUUUAGUGUUUAUUGAAUUAUACUAACUAGGGUACUAUAUAGUGGAUUA